ACCUCUGGGUACGGACAGUACAGACCAAUGUAUUUUUGUUUCCAUUGUACAUGUGUUCUUCUGGCUACAUUUUAUUAUUGUAUUUAAUAAAAUGCGUUGUCCGUUAACAUAUAAAGUGAUAUCAGAAUGUUCAACUACCAAAGCCCGAGUUGGUGUUAUGAGUCUUGUUCAUAGCAAUGUUGAUACACCGGUAUUUAUGCCGGUUGGUACACAGGGAACACUUAAGGGAGUCCUUCCCGAUGAGCUAAUCAAACUAAAUUGUCAAAUUAUAUUGGGCAACACUUACCAUUUAGGACAAAGACCGGGCAUCGAAACACUGAGAAAAGCUGGUGGUCUACAUAAAUUCAUGGGUUGGAAUCGGGCUCUGUUAACCGAUUCAGGUGGUUUCCAAAUGGUUUCAUUGCUGCAGUUAGCUGAAAUUGACGAGAAUGGCGUGAACUUUAAAUCUCCAUUCGAUGAGUCGAAUUGCUUGCUAACCCCUGAACAUUCAAUUGAAAUACAAAAUGUUAUUGGUGCUGAUAUUGUGAUGCAGUUGGAUGAUGUGGUCAAAACGACAACUCAAGGACCGAGAGUCGAAGAAGCUAUGCACAGAACGAUUCGAUGGCUGGACAGAUGCCUCGAACAACAUUCUCGCAACGAGGAGCAAAGUAUAUUUCCGAUUGUGCAGGGUGGCCUAGAUCCGAAAUUACGGGAAGAAUGUGCUAAAGAAUUGACAAAGAGAGAUGUUCGGGGCUUUGCUGUUGGUGGUCUUAGUGGUGGCGAGAGUAAGGACGAAUUCUGGAAGACAGUGAAUUUAUGUACGAAUUUCUUACCAAAAGACAAACCCCGGUACUUAAUGGGUGUAGGAUUCGCAGCAGAUUUAGUGGUUUGUGUUGCGCUGGGCAUCGAUAUGUUUGAUUGCGUUUUUCCAACACGUACCGCGAGAUUCGGCUGUGCAUUAGUGCGUGAGGGUCAACUGAAUCUGAAACAGGCAAAAUAUGCUUUGGACAUGAAGCCAAUCGAUGAUGAAUGUACGUGUACGACCUGUAAGACGUAUACUCGAUCCUAUUUACAUCACAUUGCUACUUUUGAGGCCGUCUCGUGCAGUCUUCUUAGUGUUCAUAACGUUGCGUUUCAGUUACGACUGAUGAGUGACAUUCGAGAAAGCGUGAAGGAUGAUAAAUUCCCGGAAUUCGUGAAGAAAUUCAUGAAACAGCAGUUCGCAGAUGGAGUAGUUCCUAAGUGGAUAAUUGAUGCAUUGAGUGAAGUUGGAAUUUCGCUAGAUUCACCUGAUGGUGUAAAUAGUUAAUAUAGGUGGGGUUGAAGUAGUUGUUCCUAUAUUAAACGAAAACGUAAGGUCAAAUUUA